UAGAAAACCAAGGGGGGGGAUUUGGAAUCACCAUUUUUUCACUAACAUAUGGAUUCCAAGUCCUCUUCUUUCCUCUUCCUCGCUCUUUUUGCCCUUUUCUCAUCAACCUCUAUGGCCUUCAACAUCACCAGGAUCCUUUCUAGCUACCCCGACUUUUCCACCUUCAACAACCUCCUUACUCAGACUGGCCUUGCCCAGCAAAUCAACAGCCGCCAAACCAUCACCAUCCUUGCUGUAUCUAACGACGCCGUCGGUAGUCUUUCUGGCAAACCCCUCGAUCUCACCAAGAGGAUCUUGGGCGCCCAUGUGGUUCUUGAUUACUAUGAUCAGACAAAGCUUAAAAACCUUGAGAAAAAGAGCAGCAUUCUCACCACCUUGUACCAGACUACUGGCAUUGCAGAUAAUCAGCAAGGCUUCUUAAAUAUCACUAAGACUCCUAAUGGAAUCAUGUUUGGCUCUGCAGUGAAGGGUGCUCCACUCACCGCGUCUCUGGAGGGCUCCGUAGUUUCACAGCCAUAUAACAUUUCUGUGCUUAAAGUCAGUAGGGUUAUUGAGGCUCCAGGGAUUGAUAAUAUUGCUCCUUCUCCACCACCUGGGGCUCCCGAGAAGGCUCCUGCUCCAGCACCAACCAAAGCCAAGUCUCCUGCACCAGUUGCUGAGGAACCAGUAGCCGAUAAUGCACCUAUAGAAGCACCAACCGAGGCACCGACUCCUGCCGACGCACCAGAAGCUAAUGCACCCAUCAGCUCUCCUCCAGAGCCCAACUCAACACCAGCAGAUGAUGCAACGGCUCCGGCUGUCCCACCUUCUCAAGAGUCGGUUUCUUCACGUAUGCAUGCGGGUGGCAUUGUAGCCGUCAUUGGGUUGGUAGCCUGCAUGGGUUUCUAA